AUGUCAUGUGCACCUAAUGCUGUUCAAUGCCGUAUCCGUUAUCCACAGCCUCCAGUUCAUAAAUACCACCAGAAAGGAGACCUCAUCAUUGGUGGCAUUGCUUACCAUGCUGGUAUUGUUGCCAGUAAACUACUCUUCAAUGAAGAACCCCUACCAACACUGACAGAGUCAUUUGUUGUAGUGCCUAAGCAUUACCAACAUUCCGUGGCCUUGGCCUUUGCAGUAAAGGAGAUCAAUGAAAACCCUCAGAUUUUACCCAAUCUCACUUUGGGCUUCCACAUCUAUGACAGCCAUAACAAUGCAAGGAGGACCUAUCACGCCACAUUGAUACUUCUAUCAGCACUGGAGAGAUUAAUCCCUAGUUAUCUUUGUGACAAACAGAAAAAUCUAAUAGCUGUCAUUGGGGGACUGGACGCCCACAUUUCCACUAAUGUGGCAACUCUCCUGAAUAACUAUAAGAUUCCACAGCUCAUAUAUGGCUCUGUUCCAUCAACGAACAAUGGACAUUCAUUCUACCAGAUGGUCCCACAUGAAGCCCUUCAACAUACAGGAAUUGUCUCUUUGCUUCUGUAUUUCGGGUGGACAUGGAUUGGGGUCCUUUUACUGAAUGACGAAAGUAGUGAUAGGCAUUUGCAAACAGUAUUGCCAAUGUUUUCCCAGAGAGGAAUUUGCUUUGCCUUCAUAAAAAGAGUCCCCACAUUAACAUCUGAUGCUGAAGUGAACAAUAUCCUAGAAAAUGGAGCAAAAAUGUAUAAUGAAAUAAUGGACAGCAGCACCAAUGUAGUUGUGUUUUAUGGAAAAUCUAAUUCCAUGACAUUUUUGAGAUGGUUCCCAUAUUAUUCAGGACAUGAGCCAUGUCUACGGAAAGGCAUAGUGUGGAUAACAACGGCUCAAAUGGAACUCACUUCAUUGGUUUAUCAAAAAUACUGGAAAACCGAAAUAUUCAAUGGUAUGCUGUCUUUCACAAUCCACUCCAAUGACCUACCAGAAUUCAAACAAUUUGUUGAGAAACGAAAACCUUCCAGCACAAAAGAAGAUGGUUUUAUCAGACAAUUCUGGCAAGAGGCCUUUGGCUGUGUCUUCCCCGAUGCAGAUGUGGAAGAAGUGAUGGGCGAUAUUUGCAGUAGUGAAGAGAAGCUAGAGACCCUUCCAGCCCCGUUUUUUGAGAUGAGCAUGACAGGCUACAGCUACAGUGUGUACAAUGCUGUCAAUGUUGUUGCUCAUGCUUUACAUGACAUGUCCUCAUCUAGACUCAAACUCAGAGCAAUGGACGGCAGAGGAGGACCGAAGUGGCAAAAGCAACAGUUUUGGCAGCUCCAUCACUUUCUCAAAAGUGUCUCGUUUAACAACAGCGGUGGGGACAAGGUUGCCUUUGACCAGCAUGGGGAGUUAGUAGCUGGAUUUGAUGUUAUCAACUGGAUUGUUUCUUCAAACCAAACAUUUCAUAGAGUGAAAGUUGGGAGGGUAGAUCCCAACCAAGUAUUCACUAUCAAUGCGGAAGCCAUAACGUGGUACAGCUGGUUUAACCAGUGGGAUUUGGAGGGAGCUGUUACUGAAGAAGAAACAACCUGGUGUGUGAUCGUUUGCCUCAGGUUUUUCACAACAGAUUCCAUCAGUAAAAAUGACAAUGCCUUCCGAGUAUUUAGACAAGAUGUAGUUCUGGUGAUAUCAAAGGUGCCCCCUUAUCAGUCCUCCAAGGUUAGUAUUUGUGAGAACCAGUUAAUUAAACCCUGUGAUGCGAGGCAGGUGUUUGUCCUUCAAGAUGGGAGUGACAUGAAUGACUGUAAUACAUGCUCAGAUGAAGAAUAUCCAAACAAGAACCAGAAUUUGUGCAUACCAAAGGAUAUAAGUUUCUUAUCUUAUGGAGAACCUUUGGGCAUCAGCUUAGCUUGUUUUGCUCUUUACUUUUCUAUGAUCACAGCUCUAACGCUGGGAACAUUUAUGAAGCACCACAACACGGCCCUUGUCAAAGCCAACAAUCGAGACCUCACCUACACUCUCCUCAUCUCACUCCUACUCUGCUUCCUUUGUGUGUUUCUAUUUAUAGGCCAACGGAAUAUGGUGACAUGUCUCCUCCGACAAACGGCUUUUGGCAUCAUCUUCUCAGUAGCUGUUUCUUGUGUGUUGGCAAAAACUAUCACAGUGGUUUUGGCUUUCAUGGCCACCAAGCCAGGAUCUAGGAUGAGGAUGUGGGUGGGGAAGAGAUUGACUAAUUCCAUUGUGGUUUCCUGCUCCCUUGUACAAGCAGGUGUCUGUGCUGCCUGGUUGGGAUCCACACCCCCAUUCCCCGAUGCUGAUGUGCACUCAGUGACUAAAGAAGUUGUACUGGAAUGUAAUGAGGGAUCUGUGACUAUGUUUUACUGUGUCCUGGGCUACAUGGGCUUCCUGGCUCUUGUCAGCUUCACUGUGGCCUUCUUUGCCAGGAAGUUACCUGACAGUUUCAAUGAAGCAAAAUUCAUCACUUUCAGUAUGCUGGUCUUUUGCAGUGUUUGGCUAUCUUUUGUUCCAACCUACCUUAGUACCAAGGGGAAAUACAUGGUAGCUGUGGAGAUCUUCUCUAUCUUAGCCUCUGGAGCUGGUCUGCUGUGCUGCAUCUUUGCUCCCAAAUGCUACAUUAUUUUGUUGCGACCUGAGCUGAACAACAGAGAGCUUCUAGUAAGAAGUAAGGUCUGA